GGCUGGGAGGCGAGGGCGUCCUUGACUCGCGCUCCGCUUACCGCUUCAGCUCGCAGCCGCCAUGCUCUCCGUCCGUGUCCCGCUCGCCACCAUCGUGGACCCGCAGCAUCAGCAGCAGGUCCAGCUGUCGCCUCUGAAGGGGCUGAGCCUGGCGGACAAGGAGAACACGCCCCCGGCCCUCAGCGGGACCCGCGUGCUGGCCAGCAAGACCGCCAGGAGGAUCUUCCAGGACUCCCCCGAGCCGCAGAAAACCAGGAUACUUGCCCCCAGCGUGGAGGAUGAACCACUCCUGAGAGAAAACCCUCGCCGUUUUGUCGUCUUUCCUAUUGAAUAUCAUGAUAUUUGGCAGAUGUAUAAGAAAGCGGAGGCUUCCUUUUGGACAGCUGAGGAGGUGGAUCUUUCUAAAGACAUUCAGCACUGGGAAGCCCUGAAGCCUGAGGAGAGAUAUUUUAUAUCUCACGUUCUGGCUUUCUUUGCAGCAAGUGAUGGCAUAGUGAAUGAAAACUUGGUGGAGCGGUUUAGCCAAGAAGUGCAGAUUACAGAAGCCCGCUGUUUCUAUGGUUUCCAAAUUGCCAUGGAAAACAUACAUUCUGAAAUGUAUAGUCUCCUCAUUGACACUUACAUUAAGGACUCCAAAGAAAGGGAAUUUCUCUUCAAUGCCAUUGAGACGAUGCCUUGUGUAAAGAAAAAGUCAGACUGGGCCUUGCGUUGGAUUGGCGACAAAGAGGCUACCUAUGGAGAACGUGUGGUAGCCUUUGCCGCGGUGGAAGGAAUCUUCUUUUCUGGUUCUUUUGCAUCGAUAUUCUGGCUCAAGAAACGAGGACUCAUGCCUGGUCUCACAUUUUCCAAUGAACUUAUUAGCAGAGAUGAGGGUUUACACUGUGACUUUGCCUGCCUGAUGUUCAAACACCUGGUGCACAAACCUUCGGAGCAGAGAGUGAAAGAAAUCAUCAUCAAUGCUGUUAGGAUAGAACAGGAGUUCCUCACAGAGGCCUUGCCAGUAAAGCUCAUUGGGAUGAAUUGUACCUUAAUGAAUCAGUACAUUGAAUUCGUGGCAGACAGACUUAUGCUGGAGCUGGGUUUUAGCAAGGUUUUCAGAGUAGAAAAUCCGUUUGACUUUAUGGAGAAUAUCUCACUGGAAGGGAAGACUAACUUCUUUGAGAAGAGAGUAGGCGAGUAUCAGAGGAUGGGAGUGAUGUCGAGCCCAACAGAGAAUUCUUUUACCUUGGAUGCUGACUUCUAAGUGAACUGAAGAUGCGCUCUUUGCUGAUUUUUUAUUUUCCUUCUCAUCAAAAGAAAAAAAUCAGCUACUUGAAGUGUAUUGACCAGCUACACCAUGCAUUGUCCUAAUGUUUGUUAAUGGCAUCUUUAAGCCGUGUAGCUACCUCAAAACCAAUCUUGUUUAUUAAUGAUGCUAGUGAUCUUACCUAGAAUGAAAGCGUAGACAAAAGCUACUGGGAUUCCUGGGAAAGAUCUUGCCUGUGCUUUGUUUUGGCAAACAGGCUGGCUGCACAUGACUUUACCAUGGCUCUUAGCAGCAGCAAUCUUGGUGUCAAAGUGGGGCGACUCAGUCUUGUCCAGCAGGAUUAAACUGUCAGUUAUUACCACAGGGCUGGUGGAGGACGUCAGCCUUGUUGUUCCAAAGCAGCUAUUAAAGUUUACUUCUUGAUUUGUAUAUAAAACUGGCACUUUACACACAAAUAAAUGUAGUUUGUACUGUUAAGGUAGAGGCCUGACUUAACUUUGUUGGUGUCUAUACCAAAUGCAGAGUAUUCUAUUGACCACGAAUGGGAACCAGUUUAAAAUUUACUAGGUGACCAAAAUAAGUUAAACUUGUGUAACCUAAGCGUGUUAUUUGUAUUCUUUAUUUUCUUUAAUGAAUUAAAGUGCUUUUUAAUGAACUGUUAAGUCAGCCCUGGGCAUGCAAAGGUAUCAGCCAAUUGGUGCCAGGUGGAAGACAGGUUGUGCUUUGCAUUCUGUAGUCCAAAGUCUGUGUUUUGGGAUUAGAGAGGGGAAAGGAGCUUCUGACCUAAAUCGUUAGAAAGUGAAGUGGCCUGGGCUGACUGCUGGAAACUUGGGUGUGUGUGUUGGACAGUGUCAUUUUAUUGCUCAAAUUGUGUUUUACCCCACUUCAAAGUGUGAAAGAUCAUUAGAUCUUAGCUGGGAUCUACGAUAGUAUUGUAAAUUGAUUUUCAAAUCAUCCUUGAACAAAACAACCCACCUGAGAUUUUGUUCCUUGUUAAGUGGUAAAACUAGGUCUGAAGUUGGGUCUCCUGAAAAGUCAUUUGUUCUGAUUUUGUUUUAAUUUGUGUGUAAGUAGGUACUGUUCACCUAAUCCAUUUAUAUUUACAACAUUCUUUUUAAAUUAGAAAUUUUUUUUACUAUAUAUAUCCUUUUAUAUUGCAUCUAUAGUUCAUUCUUUGAAAUAAUUGCCCAGUAUUAUAUCUUGCAGUUAAUAAUUAAGUAGAUAUUGUUCAGUGCAAUUUCUAGCCUAAACCUGAGUGUCUCCUUGUGAAUUCUUGAGCUUAAGUAGAAAACUAGUGCUGAGCUAUUGAUACAUACUCCAUUCAAAUACUAAUUUCAGAAGGAAGUAUACAGUAAUAGGUACAUUUAGUAGGGCUAGUUUGAAUCAGUCUGCCUUUGUUUUCCCCCAAAAAGCCAGGAUAUUACACAGAAGGUCAUGCAUGCUAUAAUGACCUUUGACCACAUUUGUUAACAUAUUGUCUCAUGUUGGCUGAUCACUGGCCUGUCCUUUUGUCCAUUUUCUUCAUCAUUUAUUGUCUAAAUGGUGAAAUAGUCAAGUUAAAAGUUUCUGUAAUAUUGGACUCUUUUCUGUCCUUUAAAUUAUUGUUACCUAAAUCCAGAGUAUGUGGUCCUACUUGUGCAACGCAACCACCUCCCAUUAUCUGUGUGAUGUCAGAAUAAGCUUCUGCCAAGUUGAAUUCUGUUUCCUAAUCUGUUUAAAGGGAAACAGAUUUUAGUUUAAAGCAUUUCAAAGUCUCUUUAAAGUAAAUCCUGCACAAGUUAAAUGAUUAAAAUAAAACUUUUUAUGUCAGUUCCUUGAAAAA